AUUUGUAAGAUCUAGGUUAUUAUCUCUAUCAAUAACCAUUUGAUUUUGGAUUUUUGUAUGCUGCUAAGGUGGAUGUUAUUAAGUGGAUUGUUUUAAGGAUUCGAAGGAGUUUCUUUCUGCCAGAUAUACUGGUAAUUAUCGACACAUUUGCCAUAACUCGUUGGCUUAGAUUUGAUUUGGAUUUUGCCAAGACCCGUUGGCGUAGAGAUAUAGUUUAUUGUUUCUGUCCUUAGUCUUUGAAGAUACUCACCACUGCAGGGUGACAUCAGUACGAGGUUUUCUCGACACAGCCGUCGAUUUUAAUAUCUCCUUCGAAUUCCUAGUGGCGUGAUUAUGAAUUUUUCAUGGAUCCUUGUCAUGAUCCAUGAAAAAUUCUACCAAAGCAGCAAUGUUGUGUUGCAUUUGAAUUUAUUUUAAGAAAUAAGUCGGAAAAUUGAUACGAUUAAAGCGAUCGGCAACAUAACCCAUUUAAAAAACCCAACCCCAUGCUAAGCAGCGCUAGCGUGUACAAGGAAUACAUGCAAAAACACAUGAAGAAUACUGAGCGUGCAGAAAAUAGAUUAGCAAAACUGAGCGUGCAGAAAAAUGGGUAAACAAUACGGAGCGUGCAGAACCGCCGAAACGUCAAGUCAGUUUCCGGUGAAAAAACGAGACGGUCGGUCGCCACAUUUAUAGCGUGGUAGUGCGCGUGAUUCCGGAUUGUGGUGCCAAGAAAAGCUGUGCCAGAGCCGUUCCCAGCACAUCCGGAGCACACACGAAGAGAGAGUGCCAUUUACCGAGAGUGCAUUUUACCGACGUGCACCGAGUCAGGCGAAACAAAAGGAAAGCCAAGGGUACCCAGCGCCGAGAAAUCUAUUCGCAAGGAAGUCGGGUGUGGAGGAAAAAAGCUUUCCUUUCCAAAAGGGUCGCAAAAGGCGGCCCUUUUUUCCCCAAUUUCCUUCUAGGAAGCUCCUCGCCGCAUCUAAGGCGCUACAGCCGAAAGCCACUGCCGAAGUAAAGGGCCUCUGACCGCCGCAACAGCCACCGAAGCUCCUUGCCGCAUCCGUGGCGUAACCUCCGGGAAUCGCCGCCGAAGUAAAGGGCCUCUGACCGCCGCCACAGCCACCGAAGCUCCUUGCCGCAUCCGUGGCGUAACCUCCGGGAAUCGCCGCCGAAGAAAAGGGCCUCUGACCGCCGAAGCAGCCACCGAAGCCCAUUGCCGCAUCCGUGGCGUAACCUCCGGGAAUCGCCGCCGAAGAAAAGGGCCUCUGACCGCCGAAGCAGCCACCGAAGCCCAUUGCCGCAUCCGUGGCGUAACCUCCGGGAAUCGCAGCCGAAGCAAGGGUCCUCUGACCGCCGCAGCAGGCGAUCAUCGGGCGCAGCAGCCGCCGAAGUUCCUCGCCGCACCUGUGGCGUGACCACUGCCGAAGUAAAGGGUCCUCUGACCGCCGCCGCAGGCGAUCAUCGGGCGCAGCAGCCGCCGAAGUUCCUCGCCGCACCUGUGGCGUGACCGCAGCCGAAGCAAAAGCCUCUGACCGCCGCAGCAGGCGAUCAUCGGGCGCAGCAGCCGCCGAGGUUCCUCGCCGCACCUGUGGCGUGACCGCAGCCGAAGCAAAAGCCUCUGACCGCCGCAGCAGGCGAUCAUCGGGCGCAGCAGCCGCCGAGAUUCCUCGCCGCCUCUGUGGCGUGACCACUGCCGAAGUAAAGGGUCCUCUGACCGCCGCCGCAGGCGAUCAUCGGGCGCAGCAGCCGCCGAGAUUCCUCGCCGCACCUGUGGCGUGACCGCAGCCGAAGCAAAAGUCUCUGACCGCCGCAGCAGGCGAUCAUCGGGCGCAGCAGCCGCCGAAGUUCCUCGCCGCACCUGUGGCGUGACCGCAGCCGAAGCAAAAGCCUCUGACCGCCGCCGCAGGCGAUCAUCGGGCGCAGCAGCCGCCGAAGUUCCUCGCCGCACCUGUGGCGUGACCACAGCCGAAGCAAGGAUCCUUUGACCGCCGCAGUAAGGCGAUUAUCGGGUGCAGCAGCCGCCAAAGUUGCUCGCCGCAUCCGCGGCGUUACAGCUGGAAGCCACCGCCGAAGCAAAGGGCCUCUGACCGCCACAGCAGGCGAUCAACGGGUGCAGCAUCCACAGCAAAUUUCGUCGCCGCAUCAGAGGCGAGAGACAUCGGGAGUCCAGGCCGAGGAGGAAGCAUGUUGCAACCUUGUGAAACGAUUCCAGAUAAAAUGUAUGCAGAUAAACGACGGAAACGGACAGCCCGGAGCGUCCCUGGGUCCACUUCUACGAAAUCAGAGUCCCAAGAAGAUGAUGCCAACAGUGGCUCCUCGAGCGAUGAGUUGGUCAUCGAUAUCCCGAAUGAGUUGCAACAAGCAAAAUCUUCGUCGAAUCCAGAACCGUUCCAGCCUAAGCAAACUAGAUCGAUGACCGGAAGCUCGGCUAUUACGCCGACCAAAACUACCCCUCCAGCAAAGCAGACAUCAAGAUCGGUUCCGGUCAGCCGGAGAAAGCGAAAACGAUCACCUUCCUGUAGUUCCACCGAGGAAAUCGAGGACCCAACGCUAGAAGAAACGAUAGAACGGUGCGCCGUGAAAAACAAUCUGACGACCGAGUGCGUUCAAAAGUUACUUAAAAAGUUGGUCAUGAACGAACAUGUAUUGGCUAUUGUUAAACUUAAGGAAGAGGAAGAAGAGCGAAACGAAAAACUGCGCAAGGAUUCGUUGGAACAUGGUGGUGCAGACAGUGAUGACGAAGGCGAUGAACUACAAUCCGUGCUGCCAAAAUUGACGCGCCUCAAGGCAAAACAGCUAAACAAAAAGCCACUUCCAAUUGUUCCUCUGAAAGUUCCGAUUGCCGAUGAAGAGGUCGCAGCCCUCAUCCGAGAAGAGCUCGGUUCGGACGAAGACGAUGACGAGGAGUACAAACCCACCGAAGAAGAUCUCCCGUCGGAUGAGGAUUUGAAUACCACCAUUUCGGAUUUGGAUUCUCAACCUCGAACGCCAGUUACUCCGGCGACACCAGGUCGUUCCGAGGACAUUGAGUCGGAAGCAACGGCAUUAUACAGCAAAGAUGGAGUCUUCAAGAUACCUCGCUUUCGAAACGACAGUCACUGUUCUCAGCAAUCGGAACAGGAGCAGGAAAACAUUGCCCGUCGAACUCGGUCCAAACUUUGUCUGCAGACAACGGCCAUUGAAACUAUCGAAUCAACGUUCAUUCCGCCGGAUAUUACAACCGACAUGUACGAUUUCGAUUGUGACAUGGAUCACGUUUGGAAGGAAUUUUUGACUGAUUUCGUAAAACCACUCUCAAAUCACAAUGAAGAUGACGACGAUGCGGAUCCCGAAUAUGUAGCUGCAGAUACGAUUCCAGUUGACCCCGAGGAAUUGCGCCAAGUCAAUGUUUCAAAAAAGGAAUUAAAUGAGCUUGUUUCGGAGUUGCUGGAAAUGAGUGGAAUCAUCGAUGAGUCUUUUCUGGACAACAGCGUUUUUAAUAGUGCAAUUAGUCCCGAUCUUAUACGGUCCGAUACCAACGAAAAUGCGGAUAGUGUGGAUAAGAGAACCAGUAAACCUUUAGAACUAAAUACGGAUAAACCCCGAGAACUAUCCACUCCAGAACAACAAAAUCACGAACUAGCCUUGGAUCAAUCUCGAAAACUACCACAGCCAAUGAGCUCAGCUACAUUAUGCCCUGUUCCUUCUAGACAGUCUGAAGUUUUCAAUCCUAGCAAUGUGUCUACACCGAUCGCAUCUCAAUCGAAAAACAAAGUGGGGAACAACACAGCGUUAUCAAUCGCACCGCCAGUUUAUUCAACUAUCGAUCCAUGUCCCACCGUGCCAGCCGUACCGGUUGUAGUAAACGUUGAAACAUCAGCGUUCCAUUCGCAAGUCCCCGUUAGCCAAUUUCAUACGUUUAGUCAACCACAGUAUACCAACUAUAACCGACUACCAAAUAAAGCGCCUUAUCCAAGCACAUCGUACCAGCAGCAUCCACAACAUGAUCCACGUUUAUACGCUUUAAAUGCAACGCCAAAACAGUACAGCUUCCAAGAUUAUUAUCCGUCACCCUCAAGAAUACCCAACGAACCUGUUUCGCAAAGCGAACCAAGAAAAGCAAGUGAACGACGGUACAAAUACUUAGAAAAACUAACACCAGUCCGUUUAAACUUUCCAAAGGACCAAAAAGGAUUUACCGAUUUACAAAUGCAAAUUUAUCAACAACAAUUACGCAUGCACGUCCAGUUUGCUGCACAAAAUUUUCUCCAAACAUACGCUCAUCCCAAGUUUUGGGAAUUGGCUGAAACGUUCAAGAAAAUUUUGCUUGAACUGCAGGAACUGGCAAAAACAGUUGAAGCUGCUAGGGCAUGUAAUCUGGAACCUGCUAUUAAAUGUUGUUUGUCUUGGGAAAAAGAUUUACAAGACAUUAAUGACGAAAAUAAUGAGAUGAUGCAGUUCUUAUUGAAACAAGAACAAAAGGCCGAAAAGGCUAAAAAGGAACAUAAAUACUACGUAGGGUACUUCCCAUAUAAGAUGAUGAAACAGGUAUUGAACUGUAAAGCUUUCAUGUACCCGAAAUUGCUUCCGUAUUUACCUUUCCGAAUGGAUUACCGAGCAACAAAAAAGGCGAUCUCACUUGGUGAAGAAAGGUUGAUCGCUUUUGGAUUGGAGUUAUUUCACGAUAUCAUGACCAAAGAGAAUAGCAAAAAUAAUUUAUCGAAAAAUAAAAAACCCUCUACGUUUAUCAAAUGUCGUUACAUCAGUCGGUUUCUUCUGCACGGACACCCAGCAGAACAGAUCUAUAACUAUGUAAUAGGACGAAAGGCUAAGCCUAACGAGCUGAAUCCCAUCACGUAUUAUUUUAAGUACUUGAAAGCGCCUCCCUACACACAUGAGUUGGAAGAUAUUGAUUUGAGAAACAUCCUGUCCCCGUGCUCAUAUCGAAAAGGAGUUCUACCGCAGCCAUGGGAUAAUUAUUUGAGUUCCAAAAAAGAGCUGGUGAAAUAUCGAGGGGGACAAAGGCGCAAUUCGAGUAUUCAGACUAGCUCAAAGUCAUCGAAACAGACGGAACCAGUUCAAGUGGCAACGAUAACAGAGGAAUCAUCAACCAACUUGAAUAUAACCAUUAGCCUCAGUCUAGAUCCUGCACCUUCAGCUUCAACUUCUUCCGUCACGGAACUAAGAGAUCCAAAUCCUCAGAUAUCAGAUCCAGUUGAAAAAAUAAGUGAACAACUGGAGGAGGUACAGAGUUUGGCUAGUUUUGUCACAAAGUUUAAACCAGAGAAUUCCCCCAUCCGAGAUAAUUCCUUCAGUGGGAGGUUUUUGCUGGAAGUGAACAAAGAAGAAAUCCGGGAGCCUGAAGCGGAAGAAGGACAAAACAUAGCAGUACAUAAACACCAAUUCCGAGUUGAUGGCUGUUGCCAUUGCAACUGCCACAGUGACGAUUCUUUAAUUCCGAAUUGUUUGGAUAAGGGCCAAAAGAAGUUAACAGACUACUUCCGCCCAGUGCCGAAAAAUCCUGUUACUAGUCAACCUCGUGAAGCUAAGCUGAAGAAUAAGCUUUCGCAAAUUUGUUUGCGUUUUAGAAAGGUAUUGGAAGUGAGAAAACGGUGGUCAAACACUCAUCUGGGUAUAACUUUUGAACAUUUCAAGCUGAUUGAAAUUUUUACUUAUUUUUUGGACGAUUUAAAAAAGAUGAGCUGCGGUCAACAGUCUAGGAACGAUUGUCCACUUAUCAAUGGGUCAGGGCGCAAGCCCACCAAAGUAGAAGCUACAGAUGACAAAGACUGUAAUUACGCAUAUAACUUUUUCGAAAAGGUUGAGGAAACCUUGUUAGCUGAAAAUAAACGCAGCGAAUAUGAACAAUUCCUAGAUAUUCUACAGAACUUCGACGAUAAAGAAGAUCAUGUACCGGAUUUGUAUCGUAAGAUUGAAAAUUUAUUGGUGGCCGAUCAUCCUGAACUAGUCGAUUUGUUUUUGACAUUUUUGCUUCCGGGCCAAGCUGCUGAGGUAGGAAAAUUUUUCGAACAUUUCAUCCUCACCAGCGCAAACGAUUUUUUGACGAAACUCAAUAUAUAUUUUGCUAAACAACCCUCUCAAAUCAAAAAGAUCUACACUUCUCUGAAUGAGUUGUCUAACGAACCAGAUGUGACAAUGGAACAGAUUAAAUCGAAAAUAGUUCCGCUUCUCAAGGGCAACCAACUGCUGAUUGAUUGGUUUUUGCAGCUUUUCCCUCCCGAAAAACCUCCCGAUAGCACGGUUUCUGAUUUGUCCGAUUACGAAGUGAUAUCUGCCAAGAGGUUCAUUGUCCCUGAAGGGGUCAGUAGCAGUCAAACGUACGAAGAUAUCCCAUUUGUUGAACCACCAGCAGAAACGGGCUCGGAAAACACUAUCUGCGGCACCAAGUACAUUCAGGGUAAGAUCAUGUGCGGAACGCUUCCGGCUCGACUUUCUUUCCUGGCGCACGACAGUCAAUCUUGCCAACAGCAAUUCCAGCGAGCGAUGUCUCCUUUGAAGGGAUGCAUGCACAAUGUAGACCGAUCGGCCAAACUAGGCUCGGACGGAGAGGAUGGGAAAUCCGAACAGGACUUUGGAGACUGUAUGACUGCAAGCGAUUCGAUGGAAGAUUCGAUGGAUCGGUAUAAGCUCUGCGAUGAAGCAACCUUCAAAGCACACGCCAUACGGUUGAAUCCCUUGGUUCACGGCAGAAAAGGUGUAAGCUAUUCCGAUGUCGAACAUCUUUUAGUUCCACCUGAGUCGGACAGUGAAGAAAGCCCCACUAUUGAGGACGAGGACAAAUUUAGCUCUCCAAAGAAGCAAAACGCGCAGCCGAAAGCUAUAGUUAAAAAACGUAUCAAUUCACCGGUUAAUAAAAAACUUCCUGUUGCUGUCUCCACCAGCAAAGUUUCGCCUACAUGUGGAGGAAAAAAAACCUUCCCCUCUGUCCCUGUCGAUUCCAAAGUGAUAGCUGUUUCGAAAAAACUAAAAAGUAUGGUUGAAGAAGUAGCCGAAGAAACUUCGACGGAGUUAGAUGAUGAAGGGUUUAAACGAAAAAUACCAAUGAUACAAAGUCAACCGGUGACCCAGGAACCAGAAGCAAACGAUUCAAAAUCUGUUCCAAAACCAGAAGAGUUAGAGCCUCCGAAAUGUUCGGCUACAGAAUCUCAAAACACCCAAACAGGGGUGACCUCCGUCCCGCAAAACAACUGGACCCGCGAUGAAGAUAAAAUAAUAUUGGAGGAGAUUAAAAAAGGUUCUAACGCAGUGGAAGAACUGAUCGAAAGAAUUGGAGCAAAGAUUGUUGAACGAAAUGCUUCGGAGAUUAGAGUAAGGUAUGAGUUUCUGAUUGAGGUGCUCAAAAAAUUCCAGAAGGGAAACAAAUAGACUAUUCAAGGCAUGUAUUACGUAACACGAGUAAAUUGUUUGUUUAAUGUUUCAAUAAAU